GCUGUUUAGUUUAUUCAGUUACAGAUCGUCUUUCGUCAGGAUGAAGCUCGUUGCGUUUCUUUUGCUUAGCAGCCUCACUGUUGUCUUGGUUGUGGCCUUUCCUGAUAACCACAAUGCAGUUGCUGAUUUGUCAGAUGCUGACCUGCAUGCUGAUGGAAUUUCCGCAACAGGAGAGGGAGGCGCCGCCACGCCAUCAGAGACUAAUCAGCUACGUGGGCCACGUCAUCUUCUGAAGAAGCUGUACUAUCCAGAGCCACAGGUGAUAGUACAACCGAUUCUGGUACAACCGCAGCCCUACUAUAGCAAUCCCUACAUUGGUGCUGGUCGAGGUUAUAAUAUUGGCUAUGGCAGAGGAAAAAGCUAUAAGAAAUGGUAGAACAUUUUAUCGUAAAUUUAAUAAAUGAACAUUUUGUCUUAAGACAAAGCGCUUUUUGUUGUUCCUCUUUUAUGCAAAGUUAAAUUUCUUCAGCGCAAAUCCCUUAAGUCCAAAACAGUCGUCGACUUGACGGCAACGGUCGCAUUUGCUUCCAAACUCCCGCCGCAAUUGUCUCUCUAAUGCCUAAUUAGGCAUGCUAGGCACGUAAGUCUAAUUCCCAAAAACUUAGCUAAGGUCGCGGCUCGUCGGUUUGAAUGCAAGAUUUUUCAAUAAUUUCAAUACAUUACAGCAUUUAAAGUCAGAGAAAAAUUAGGAACUAAUUCCGCUCGUGAAGUCAAGAAUGUUUAAGAUAUAUUUAAAAAGCCAAUCAUUCAUUUUAAUAUAUAACACGGUUAGAAUGACACGAAAAGAAGGAACUAAUUUGGUUCAUCUUAGAAACUAAGUUAAAGUUGUGUAUAAUUUCUAUAUAAUAAAAAAAAAA